AUGGUGGUGGACACCGACGAGUACGUCGGCGGCCCCGACGCGGAGAAAGAACCCGUCGCCAUCAUCAACCCGGACAACCUUGAAAAUGAGGUCGAGCAGCUGCAAGACCUGCCGCUGGCAAGCGACUUCGAUGCCAUGAAGGACGUCAUUUUCCCCCAUCUCCACGAAGAGCCCCGCGUGCUCGAGGAUGUCGUUUCCACAUGGACCGUCGAGGCAUGGAGGACAAUGUCCAAGAAAGAGCACGGUCCCGUGUUCCAAGCUGGCGGCUUUCCAUGGCGCAUUCUCCUGUUCCCCCACGGCAACAACGUCGACCAGUGCUCCAUCUACCUUGAACAUGGAUUCGAGCCGACCAACAUCCCGGAGAACUGGAGCUGCUGCGUGCAGUUUGCGCUGGUCCUGUGGAACCCGAACGACCCGAGCUUAUACACCCAUCAUACUGCCCAUCAUCGGUUCACGAAGGAGGAGUCUGAUUGGGGCUUCACGCGGUUCCUUGAGCUGCGGAAGAUGUUCAACGUCCCUUGGGAAGGCGGCAACCGUCCCUUGUGUGAGAACGACACGGCCAAUAUCACGGCGUACCUCCGCAUCGUCGAAGACGAGACGGGUGUUCUUUGGCACAACUUUAACAACUACGACUCGAAGAAGGAGACCGGCUAUGUAGGCCUGCGCAACCAAGGCGCAACAUGUUACCUCAACUCUCUUCUCCAGUCCUUGUAUUUUACCAAUGCAUUCCGAAAAGCCAUCUACGAAAUCCCGACGCAGCACGAGGAGAGCAUGGGUAACAGCGCAUACACCCUCCAACGUCUCUUCUAUCAACUUCAGACAUCGGAGACCGCAGUGGGAACCAACGAAUUGACCAAGUCCUUUGGUUGGGAGACGAGACACAUUUUUGAGCAGCAGGAUGUACAAGAAUUGUCGCGCAAGCUCAUGGAACGAAUGGAAGAGAAGAUGAAGGGCACUCCUGCCGAACACGUCCUUCCUCAAAUGUUUAGUGGGAAGAUCAAGACUUACAUCUCUUGCAUUAACGUCGAUUACGAGUCUAGCCGCGUCGAAGACUUCUGGGACAUUCAGCUGAAUGUAAGCGGAAACAAGAACAUGCUUGAGAGUUUCCAAGACUACGUUCAGGUCGAGAAGAUGGACGGCGAGAACCAGUACUUCGCCGGCGACGAGUUCAAGCUGCAGGACGCCAACAAGGGCGUCAUUUUCCAGAGCUUCCCCAACGUGCUUCACUUGCAGCUGAAGCGUUUCGAGUACGACAUCCAGCGCGAUACGAUGAUGAAAAUCAACGAUCGAUACGAAUUCCCUGAGCACUUCGAUGCUUCGCCGUAUCUCUCCGAGGACGCAGACAAGUCGGAAUCUUGGGAGUACCAACUGCACGGUGUACUAGUCCACAGCGGCGACCUCAACGCCGGUCACUAUUACGCGUUUCUGAAGCCCAACAAGGAUGGGUGGUUUUACAAGUACGACGACGACAAGGUCACGAAAGCCACGAUGCGCGAGGUGCUAGAAGAGAACUUCGGUGGAGAGUAUAGGACUAGCCCGGCCAACCAUCUUCGCGCCCCAAUGCAGAAGAAGACGCCAGUUCUGCGGCAGAACAGCGCCUACAUGUUGGUGUACAUUCGCAAGUCCCGCUUGGACGACAUUCUGUGCCCUGUCACCAAGGAAGAUAUCCCUGUCCAUCUGCGGACGCGAUUUGAAGAGGAGACCGCUCUUCGCGAGGCCAAGCGCAAGGAAAAGGAGGAACAGCAUCUCUACAUCAAUGUCAAGGUCAUCACGGAGCAGACCUUCAAGAGUCACGGCGGUACGGAUCUCACCACGUUCGAGCUCGACCAAACCGAAACAGAUGCUGCGCCGCGCUCUUACAGGGUUCUCCGACAGUCGACGAUGGAGGAGCUGGUGGCCACUAUCGCACAGGACAUUGGCCAAGAUCCCCGCAAGGUGCGCCUCUGGAUUAUGGUGAACCGCCAGAACAAGACAAUUCGUCCCGAUCAGCCAAUCAUGGACCUGCAACCGACCGUCGAAGAAUGCUUCUCUAGAGCCACUGGACACCGAGACCAGUUAUUCAGGGUAUGGGCCGAAGUUGCCGAAGAAACGACACCCGAGGGCGAGGCCGUUUGGCCGACGUUCCAAGGCCAGCUGAACGGCGUCGUUGUUAAGAAUGACUUGAUCCUACUCUUCCUGAAGCACUUCGAUGUCGAGGAGCAAGCUCUUCAUGGCAUCGGACACGUGUACAUCAGCAAGGAAAAGAAGGUUGAAGACUUGGUGCCUAUCAUCAUGAAGAAGAUGGGCUGGGGAGACAAGCUGCCAUCGGAUGAGAAGAUCUCGCUCUGGGAGGAAAUCAAGCCAACCAUGAUCGAAGCCUUGAAGGCUAAGCAGACCCUUAAGGCGGCGGAGCUUCAGGACGGCGACAUCAUUUGCUUCCAGCGGACGACAGAGCGUAAGGGUGACCGUAACAUGCUGGAGAAGCAUCUGGGUCUCGGCGAAAAGCAAGCAACAGAACAAGUGGUCAAGAAGGCAGACCGUUUUGAAGACGCACGCGACUACUACGAUUUCCUGCACAACAAGAAGACCGUCAAGUUCCACGCCCACCCGACUCGAUGCAACGCCGAAAAGUACCCACCUUUCGAACUGGUCCUGAACUCCAAGAUCAGCUAUGACACACUCUCAGAGCGUGUUGCCGACAGGCUAGGGGUCCCCCCUACCCAUAUCCGCUUCUGGACCGUCAACUCCGCGACCGGAAACCCCAAGACAACUGUCAAGCGUGGUGUCAACCAGAGCCUGCAAGUCAUCCUCAACCCCACUGGCUACAACCAGCUGAGCACAAGCCAACGGACGGAUGCCUUCUAUUUUGAGGUUUUGGACAUGAGCUUGGCGGAGCUGGACACCAAGAAGAGUAUCAAGGUCACAUGGCUCAGUGAAGGCAUCACGAAAGAGGAACAGUAUGACCUGCUUGUUGCGAAGAACGGCAACAUCGAAGACCUCAUCCAGGUCUUGGUCAAGAAGGCAGGCAUCCCCGACGAGGCCGAGGGAGGUCGUAUCAGGAUAUACGAAACGAGUAGCCACAAGUUUUACCGCGAACUUCCUCGGGAGUAUCCCGUCAUCAGUAUGAACGAAUACACGAGCGUCUUCGCGGAACGCGUGCCUGAGGAGGAGUUGAACGAGGAGGAAGGAAGCAACUACAUCCAAGUUUUCCACUUCCAAAGCGAGCCGAGCAGAGUACACGGUGUUCCGUUCAAGUUCUUGCUCGUCGAGGGGGAGAAAUUUGCGGAUACGAAGAAACGACUUGAGAAGCGGACUGGUCUCAAGGGCAAGAGCUUCGAGAAGAUCAAGUUUGCGGUGAUCAAAAGAUCUCAUUUCUCCAAGCCACAUUACUUGAGUGACGAGGACGUAUUAUGGGACGUUGCCACGAACGACGAUGACUACCUUGGCUUGGACCACGUCGACCGAACGAGAACAUUGAGAAACGGCGUUGGCGACCUGUUUUUGCGGUAA